AUGGGUCGCAUGAACCCAAAACUAUACCAGUUCCUAGUCGCCCUGUUUGCAUCCUUCGGCUCAUUCCUAUACGGAUACGACCUCGGCAUCAUCGCCUCAGUUGUCGCCUCGGACUCGUUCAUCGAGAAGUUCGUCAACGGCCGAAGCCAUGUAGCCGGGACCGUCGUCGCCCUGUUUACAGCUGGCGCCUUCUUCGGUGCGUAUGGAGCCGGUUUCACUGACCCCCUGGGCCGCCGCACCACGCUUGCCCUGGGCUCCGUCCUCUUCAUCAUCGGUGGUGUCCUCCAGACCGCAGCUGUUAACCAUGGCAUGCUAUAUUUCUCGCGGAUCUUCUCGGGAUUUGGGAUCGGAAUCCUCGUCGAGGUCGUCCCCAUGUUCCAGGCGGAGAUUGCGCAUGCGCGGAUCCGUGGUGUUUUGGGUUCGUUGCAGCAGACGAUGCUGGGGAUUGGCGCGCUGUCGGCGUCGUGGAUUGGGUACGGGUGUGAGCAUCGGUGGUCGGAUACGGGGAAUAGUGUGCAGUGGAGGCUGCCCCUCGGACUGCAGAUCGUCCCUGCCAUCGGACUCGCCUCGUGUAUCUUCUUCUUCCCCGAGUCUCCUCGCUGGCUGAUUGACCAUGACCGCCACGAAGAGGGACUCAAGAACCUGGCUACGCUGCAUGCCAACGGCAACGUCGCGGAUCCGUAUGUUCUCGCCGAGUUUGAACUCAUCAAGCAGCAGGUCGAGGAAGAGCACCGGCACGGGGCGAAAUCGUACAAGGAGCUCUUUGCGAAUCGAGCCAAUACCCGCCGGAUCAUCAUCGCAUGUGCCUGCCAGGCCUCCUCCCAGAUGACCGGCGUCUCCGCAAUCCAAUACUUCUCCCCCGCAAUCUUCGCGCAGAUCGGCAUCUCCACCUCGCAGACACUUUUAUACCAAGGCAUAAACUCGAUCAUCGGCGAAGUCGCCCAGUUCAUCUUCUUCUUCCUCAUCGACCGCGUCGGCCGACGGCCCCUGCAAAUCGGCGGGAACAUCGCCUGCGGCGUCGCGUUCACCGUCGGCGCCGCCCUCAUGUCCAUCUACCCGCCGGAAUCCACCAACACGUCCGCGCACUGGGCGUUCAUCGUCUGCAGCACGUGGGUGUUUAAUUUCUGCUUCUGCGCGUCCGGGACGAUGAGCUGGAUUAUCCCCGCUGAGAUCUUCAAUACGGCGACGCGCGCCAAGGGGAUCUCGCUGGCGACGAUGGUUUCGUUUGCGUUUAAUACCAUGAUUGCCGAGGUCACGCCCAUUGCGCUCGAGAAGAUCGGGUGGCGGUACUAUCUGCUGUUUAUCGUGUGUGACUUUACGAAUGCGCUCUUCUUUUAUCUGUUCCUCCCGGAGACCAAGGGCAUCUCGCUCGAGGUUAUGGAUGAUCUCUUUACCAAUUCGCCGCUGCUGGUUCCGGGGAGUCGGUGGGUGGCGAGCCCCGAGGUGGAUAUUGAGAUGAUCAAGGAGAGGAAGGAUAUUCUUGCGCAGGCGGCGGUUGUUGAGGAGGUGGAGGGGAGAUAAACGUAUGGAUGGUAACUGGGUGUCCUCAGUCG